ACGCGUGAUGAUUUCUUUGCCCACGUUGCAUUUGAGAUGCGCAUGCACAUUUAACUAUGGUGAUUUUGUUUUUUUGUAUUUGUGUUCUGCAAAAAUUAAUUGCACUAGUCGAUUGCUUCUUCAGCCAAAUUAAUUUAUUUAUCCAGUUUGAUUGGCAAUACCAUGCGUGGAUAUAGAGCACAACCUGUAGAGAUUUCUCAAAGGAAAAAAAAUAUAACUUGCUUCUCUGCAAUUUGGAUUCGGACUCCAUUUGUGCACUCUAGUUGAAGGUUCAGAUCAGUUUUUUUUUUAACUUGCUUCUCUGCAUUCUGGUGGUUCUGUUAAUCAGCUUGAAGGAGUUGUUACCAGUUGAGGCUGCAUUGUUACCAUGGAUUCCAGUCAUGAAGGUAUUCAGAUGCUACUCACUGCAGAACAGGAGGCCCAACAAAUGGUUGCUGCUGCUAGAAACUUGAAGACAACAAGGUUGAGGCAAGCUAAAGAAGAAGCUGAGAAAGAGGCAGCUCUUUAUCGCUCCAAUAUGGAAUCUGAGCACCGAAAGAAAGUAGAUGAGACAAGUGGGAACUCUGGCUUCACAGCGGAGCGACUUGGAGAGGAAACUGAAGAGAAGAUUCAAGACCUGAAGAAGGCGGCCUCUGAGGUCCAGUCAGAUGUUGUUGACAUGCUCAUCAAGUAUGUUAAGGCCGCAAAGUGUUGAUGCUUGAAGGAAGGUUCAGAGCAGUAGCCUGCAACAAAGGGAAGGGAAUGUG